AUGAUUGAUUUUUGUCGUGAGCUUUACGAUGAUAAUUUAUCUAAGGUGGUAUUUAUCAAUGAACUUGAAUGUAAUCCUGAAAAUCGAUCAUCUAUAUAUUUCUAUACUGUUGAACAUUUUCUCUAUCGAAUACUUAAUAGAACUUUACGAUUACAAGAAAUAGAUAAACUCUAUCAUUUACGUUAUUAUAAAUCAGUUUCAUUUCUCUAUCGUGGACAAGGAAUACAAAGAGAAGAAUUUGAAAAAUUACAACAUAGUGUAGGUGGCUUAUUGUCAUUCAAUGCAUUUCUAUCAACUAGUACCGACUAUGCUGUUACUCAUCUGUAUGCAGAGACAAUUCUUUCGGCUACAGAUACAUUAGCAGUGUUUAUGAAGAUAGAUGUAAAAGUUGAAAAUUUAGGAAAUAACAUUUUCUCUGAUAUUGGCCAUUUGGCUCAUUUUACUGGCGAAACAAAAUAUCUUUUCUCGAUGGGUACUAUUUUUCGUAUUACAUCCGUUGAACAAGAAUCAAAUAGAAUCUAUUAUGUUAAACUUAUGUUAACAAAUGAUCAUGAUGAACAACUUACUUAUUUAAAAUGA